AUGGCUGAAACUCAACCACUCCAAUUUAGUAGUGUUCCAACACCGUCAUCUAAUAAUUUAGCUACUCCGUCAAGAAGAGGACAUUCACAUAGGAGGUCAUUCGCAGUUUCAGGAGAUUUUGAAUUUUUAAAACAACCUCCAAAUGCGUUACCUGGUACUAAUUCUAGUUCAGUUCCACCUUUACCAAGAUGUAUAUCUCCAGAACCUUACACUAAGAACAAAAAUAACUUGAACGUUAAUAACUUUAAUCCACAUGAUUAUGAAAAACCUAAUGAUGUAUCCUUCUCAAAUGUAUUAACUCCCAGAAAGAUCUCAAAUGAUAUUUCAUCACCUAGCCCUAGGUUCUUUAUUAGCGAGGAACCAAGAUUUACAUCUCCCGUGAAAGGUGUUCCAGAUGCUAUCAUUAACUUAGAUGAUGCCUUAAAGACCAAACCAAGAUCAUUUAAAUCACACAGAAGAUCUGAAUCUGCACCUGCAGAUUUAGAAGUUGCCAUCGAUUUUAAACAUGCAAGAUCAAUUCCAGAUUUUAGAAUCGAUGAAGAAGAAGAUGCUACUGAUCUUCUAGAGAAUGCUAAUAAUGAUUCUGAUGAUUCCAAUAACAAUAAUAUUAAUAAUGGAAGAAAAUCAGAGAUGGAGGCACGUCCCAAUAGAAUUACAGAACCAACACCAUUUGGCCUUAUGUCACCGCUACGACCAUCAUCACCUGCAUUUAAGAAAAAUUAUGAAAUGAAUGAAACUUCAAGUUCCCCAACAAAAUUAAUUUUCCAUCAACAAAGUUCUGGAGUUUAUUCAAAUGGUUCAAAGACCGACCAAUAUAAUUCAUUAAAGAUAAAGAGACAAAAACAAAGAUACUAUCAUUAUACAAAACAGUUACCUACAAAUAAUAUUACUGUUAAUACCCAAACUCAAGCUCUUCAAGAAAAGAAAUCAGCUACAUCGUUAAUCUCAGCAACGUCAAAGACUCCUGUGACAAUGGUGACGACACCAUCAAAUGCAAUAAACUCUCCUGUAACACCAUUAUCUAGUAAAGAAUUUAAUCCAACUCCCACUAAUUGUAACAUUAUCAUUAAUUCCGAUAAAUCUACAGGAAAUAAUACAAAUAUUAGUAGUUCUGGUGGAAGUACAUCAUCAAUUUCAAAUCUGCACGAACAAAGAAGAGCUAGAAGUCCCGAUUUUUUAGUUCAUCAACAAAUCUACCAAAAAUAUCCUUCUUUAAAUAACCAUAAUUCGAAUAAUUUGGGAUCUAAAUUUAUUAGACGUAAUAGUGGACCUGCAAUACAGUCAUCUUUUAAGUUUGAAAGCAAGAGCUAUGAUAUACCUUUAAAUGACAAAUAUAAUGACCCAUAUAAUGAAGAUACAUUGGAUGAAUAUCCAAUUAAUGAAAGAUCUGUGACGCCGAAGUUCGGAGAACGUUCCUUGAUGAAACAGGACUACAAUCGAUUACAAAAAACUGAAUCUCAUGACACCAAUAAUUCGUUAAAUGCAACAAAUGGUAAAAUGACUUUAUCAAUGGAUAUCUUAAUGGGUGAACCUGGAGACACCGUUGAUUUAUCUAAUAAUGGAAGUACAGAGAUUAUCAAUGGAGUCCAAAAUAUUAGUAUAACAUCUCCAAAAAGAUCUUCUAGUGGCAUUAAAUCAAUUAACGAUGCUUCAUUAUCAAACAUUGAUAAGGUUAACAAAAAAAUCUCCAUGAAAAGUGCAGAAGAUUUAAAAGUUGUUGGUGAAACUAGAAGUGCUAGUGAUAGUGUUAUGGAGAUGAAAUCCAAUCGAUUACAAAAUAACUCAACAACAAAAAUAAUGAACAACAGUACUAAUAUAACGAUGACUGGUAAGAAAAAGCGGUCUAAGUUGAGUAUCUUCACGAACUUAUUUUCCAAAUAA